CGAGCAGUCAGUCGCCAGCCGACCGAGCUGCACGAGUUGUGAGUUAUGUUGUCGUGUUUUGUCGCAGGAGAUAUCGUCCUCGUAAUACCGUGACGGCUUUUGAAACCGCGAACUGUGCAUCGUUGUCGAGACAGCAGAACGGCUGGGAUUGGGUUUCCGUCGGUGGCCCGGUAAAAUCAACAGACGCCGCGAAAUAUCAGAAGCUUCGGGGGAUGCGAAAACCGGAGGACGAUGUCGAUGAGACCGGCCUGGGGGCCCAAGUUGUUUCUCGUGCUGGUGACGACCACGAUCGUUAUCGGCAAUUAUCAGCGACAUCGCGAGAGGACUCAUUUGCGCGAGCAGCUCGUUAACAGCCACAAAGUCACCAGGAACGUCACUCGAUUACAAGAGGAAAUAAUUGCUAAUCUGCCACCCCUUCGAAUUCCUCGAUUGAGGCAUCAUCGAGUGACAGAUUGGGAUCCGUACUUCGAAAAUGCAGAAGGCCAGGGAAUCAAUGGAUCGCAGAACGUAGCGUUGCAUCUUGGUGCGACUGCUCUCCUCGAUUGUCGCGUCGCAAUGCUCUCUGGCAAAAAGGUCAUGUGGUUACGCCGCAACGCCGACUGGGCAUCCCUUUUAACUCUGGGUAAUACCACUCACAUUUCCGAUCCCAGGUACAGCGUUAGCUUCCAAUAUCCAAACAACUGGAGGCUGGCAAUCGCCGGGGUACGCAGAGAGGAUCGUGGACUGUACGUCUGUCAAGUGAACACGCAUCCUCCGAGAAUGCUCGUCACUAACGUCACUGUUCUCGCUCCAGACAUCAGGAUUCUGGACGAAGCUAGACACGAACUACGUGAUCGUUACUACAAAACCGGAAGCGGUAUCGAGCUAGCUUGCGUUGCUCGACCUUCUUGUCCCGACUCCAGGAUACCGCACCCUGUCUGGAGGAAAAAUGGUGAAACGUUGCCGGAUCAUGUCAACGUUUAUCACAUUAAUGGGUCGAACGAAGAUCUGGUGACCAAGCUAUAUAUCGAGCAGGCGAAAAAGACUGACAGCGGCGAAUACUCAUGCUCAGUGAGCCAAUUUAGUACCGCCGCGGUGCAUAUUCACGUCCUGAAUGGUGAGAAACAAGCAGCAGUUCACCACGAUCAAUGGAACGCAGCGCGAACGAAUCACGAAAAAUUGAAAAGUCUGUACGUCACAAUCGCCAGCCUUGUUUUUCUCCGUACUUGGAUGAUCAACUCGCCAUAAAGUUCAUCGAAACAUUUUGAGGUUAUGAUUGCGCAUUAUCUCGCAUCGCUCUCUCUCGUGCAUAUCCGCCAGAAAGCGUUUCUAGCAACGGAUCAGUAUUACGAUGGAAGAAAACUGCCGAAUAAAUUGUACGCAAUAAUUUAGUGUGCAUUGUAUACAAUAUCGCAAAACCACCUACGAACGACAUUGUGAAUACUAACUUAUAUCAUUGCAAUCUGACAACAAAGUAUAUCUCGUGGAAAUUUUGUUUUACGAAGCCGACCGAACCUAAAAAAAUGCAUGUUACUAUUCGACCAUAUCGAUUUAACGCAACAGACGUGUGAGUUUUGUAAUGUUUCGAUAGAUUGUAACAGAGAAUAGAACAUGAUAAGAUGUGAUUCACCUAAAACAAAUUACGCCUUUGUCUUUCACGAGGUUUGGCUUAUAUUGAAAUAUAUCGAUUAGUUAAUUUAAUAUCUUCUUGUUAUCCUAUUUUAAUUAACUUACAAAUUAUUACAAAUCGUCGGAAAUUUUCUAAUGCUUGUUCGUUUCUACAAGAACUGUUCUUGAUAAAUGGUUAAUGUUACAUAUAAGUGUGUUAGUGUUAAAGCGAAUGAAAGGUUGCGUUGUGCGUUUGUUACACGAUUUAGGCUAUACGAUAUUCAUUUUUCUUUUUAGUGUAAUCGCCAUCAAAAUCUAUUUUAGAUCGUCAAAUAUUUGGAAUGUUAUUCGGUAUUCCUGACCGUAUCCAUCUUUAAUCAUAUAGUAAUUGUAUCAGUGAAUGAAUAAUUAAGUUGAAACUGUAAUAGCAACCGUAACAUGCAUUUAUUAGGGAAAACAUAAAUGUUCUCGACGAACAACUGCGAAUACUAGUAGUUUAAAGAUAAGGAAUAGUAAUAAACGUUCUAUUCUUCUCCUCUCGAUGGCCUGUACAUAAAAUACCUUAAAUAUUGUAUAGUCAAGGAAACAUUAUGCUCGAUUGGUCGAUCUAUUGCGACUUGACAUAAUUUUACAGGUGUGCAAAUUGCUUGCUCUUUAAUGUGUGUAUAAUUGCCCGACUUAAAUCGACCAGUUUAGCUACGCGCAUAUGUUCUCAGAUAAUAAACUAUCAUUAACUAA